AUGUCAACUAUUCCAGGUGAUAACGCAGCCUGUUGCACUAUUCCUCCCGUUGCAUGCAACCUUGUAGCUGACUACAAGCCCAAGGGUACAUUUGAGGCUAUCAAUGGUGUUUCUACGUACGUAAUUGGCAAUAAGUUGUCCAAAAAGGCUGUUCUAGUUGCGGUGGAUGCCUUUGGUAUGGUCCCACCAACCCAGCAGGGAUGUGACAUACUUGCUAGCAAAGGGUUCUACGUGCUCAUGCCGGAUUAUUUGGGAGAUCAAGCGCUUACUGAGCAAGAUAUUCCGUUCGACACUCCAGAAAGAAUUGAGAAGCGAAACAAAUUAUUAUCUGGAGUAGGAAAUCCACAAAUGCGAGCCACUGAACUCGUGAAGCUUGGAGAAAAGCUUAAAUGGAUUUAUGGUAGGCAAGAUGCGGGUUUACCUGUUCACGGACUCACGAUUUCUCAGGUUGGGAGCGUGGGGUACUGCUGGGGAGGGAAGCUUGUUAUGCUUGCUGGUGCAAAUAAUGCAUUUUCAGCGGUUGCUGGUGUUCAUCCUUCGAUUCUGAUGCCCGAGGAUGCGGCGAACUGCAAGGCCCCAAUUGCCCUUUACCCAACCAGAGACGAGGAUCCCGCCGACAUGGAGCCGUUUGUUAAGGUCGCGAAAGACUACAAACUGUACUCUAAUGUUCAUCAUGGGUUUGCGGCAUCUCGUGCCAGGCUGAAUGAUCCUCAUUACAAGCAGAGGCAAGUUAAAUAUUGCAUGUCCGAGAAAGGCACUAAUUAA